GGCGCCAAACCAAACUCAACCACACUGAACAACACUCACAUCGAGGACUUCUUGUUCGAGAAUUUCGUCGGAACUGUCAGGGAUGUCCCAUACGUCGAAGGUUCUUGCGUCACCGACCCAUGUUGGUAUGCAGUCACCAAUGCUACCGGCAAGGAAGUUAUCAUCUUGGACCUUUACCCCAAUACAACAUCCAAUAUUCUGGCAAAAGACAUUUUCGCAAAAACGGAGACGGGUGCACGAGUAGCUGCCAUGUGUGAUCCUACAACGAUAUCCAACGAUGUCGGAUUUGUCUGUCAAGACGGUCCUUUCAUUCCUACGAAAGCGGGUCUGUGA